UUGAGUCUGCAUCCAUGUUGAUAGCUAAAUGCACUACAGAAAUCUCCAGUAAAAAUAUCAAAAACAUCUUCUUAACCUGCUGCCACUUUCUACUAGACAUCAUUUUGUGAGAUGUAUGCUCAAAACGACAAUCUGCAAGUGGGAAACAUGUGUAAUGUCUCUCUCUCUAUAAUGUCUUAGUGUGUACACUGCAUACUAUAACUAAGACUGCCCCGGGGUGUAGUUACCUGUACUUCUGCACUACACAGGUAUGAUCUCAACUCUCAGUCCAAUGCAGAAGCAGGUCUGAGCGUGAGAGUUCGUGAGAUUCCAGUGUUAAUGCUUUCUACCUCAUAUUAAGAAACUGAAAUUAUUACAGCUACAAUGAUGUUCAGCUACUUGUUGCUUAUGGGAUUUGUCUGUCUGUGCAGCAUGGAGCCUCUCAGACGCCAUAAAAGAGCCUGGAUUAUAGACUCGUUUGAAAUUGUGGAGGAACACCCAGGGCCUUUCCCUUAUGAUCUGGGCCAGAUUAAACUGGACCGUAGCUAUUUAGUGGAGUUUAAGCUAAAAGGCAAAGGUGUGGAUGAAGACCCAAAGGGUGUCCUGUCAAUCGAUCCAAAAACAGGAGUCAUUAAAGUCCACCGGAAAGUCGACUAUGAGCAGUACAGCCUUCUGAUGCUGACUUUUCAAGCAAGAAAUAAGUCCAACUUGGCCGUAGAUACACAACUAGGCAUGGAGGUCAACAUACUGGACAUCAACGACAACCCGCCGGUAUUCCAGAGGAAGCUUUAUGAUGUCGAUAUAAAUGAAGCAGCAAAACAAGGUGGUUUUAUUGUAGGUGUAUUAGCUAUUGACAAGGAUGCGGCAGGAACUCCAAAUUCCACCAUUGACUACAAAAUUACUUCUGUCACUCCACCAACUAAAAAUGUGGAAUUCUACAUGCAAGAAAGUGGUGCAAUAUCUUUUAAAGGAUGCCUUGAUUACGAGGUGGCUAAUAAAUACACUAUAAAUGUUGAAGCAAAAGACCGUGGAGUUGUAAAGCUGUCAAGCACAGCUACCAUAAUUGUCAACCUUCAGGAUGGGAACAACCAUCUACCGGUUAUCACAGGACAAACGGGUUCAGCUAAUGUGUUGGAAGGGACAAAUGGUACUUCACCUCUCAAAAUACAUACAGCUGAUGCUGACACGCGUCUCACUGCUGCAUGGAGGGUCAGAUACUCCAUACAAGGGGAUGAAGGUGGCCACUUCUCCAUCUACACCGAUCCAGAUACCAAUGAUGGAAUCCUCACAGUGGUUAAGCCCUUAGACUUUGAAGAAAAAGCAGAACAUAAACUCACCAUCUUUGUAGAGAACGAAGAGUCUUAUUUCUCUUGUGAGGUGAAAGAGAGAUCUGCAGAUGGGCUCUGGACAAUCAUCACAAAUCCAGCAAAACCAUCCUCUAGGGAUAUUACCAUUGCAGUGGAAGAUGCCAAUGACCCGCCAUUUUUCCUAGAUCCAGUAAGAAAAGUAAUUUUGGAAGAAAAUGGUGUUGUUGGUGCUUUUGUGGAUAAAGUGACAGCAGUCGAUCCUGACACGGGACGUCGCCACAAACUUGAGUAUUCUAUUGAUCAUGAUCCUGCAGGCUGGUUCAGAGUAGACCAAACAACUGGGGAAAUAUUUGUAAAAGAGUCUUUGGACAGAGAGUCAAGUCAUGUGAACAAUGGGACUUAUACAGUCACUGUCCUUGUGACAGAGAAGGAUGACCAUCCUCCAAUGACAAGCACUGCUACCAUUCAGAUCUACGUUGAAGACCAAAAUGACAAUGUGCCCCUUUUAAAGGAGAACAUGAUUUCUGUCUGUCAGUCUGAUGAAGUGUCACACGCAGAGAUCACAGCCUUUGACCUCGAUGGAGAUCCGUACAGCGGCCCGUUCAGUUUUGAAAUAGUAGGAGAUCAUAAGAAAGAAUGGAGCUUUGACCCCAGUCAUGGUAGCACAGUGCAUUUGGUGAAGGAUAAAAGUGUUCAUACUAGUCUGUACACACUGAUUGUGAAAAUAUCUGAUAAACAGGGCAGGUUUGUCCUCCAGAACCUCUCUGUUGCUCUGUGUGAUUGUGUGGUUUCACCAAACUGUCUCACGCAGCGUAACACACAGCAAAAAGUGGGAAGUGGCAUGAAAGGAAUUACCAUCCUUGCCACGCUGAUGAUUUUGGCAUGUCUGUUGCUGUCUCUCACUUGCUCUUGUGGGACUGUGAAGUCUCUGGCGCAGGUAGACGAUGUCUUAGAAGAUGCCCUUCUGCCUUCUAACAUAGAGAAACCUGGCACUGAUUGUGUGGUCCCGACUAUUCUACUGAAGAACACAUCUGUAAGUCACUCAAAGGACGCAACUCUUGUCAAUUAUGGGGUUCAACAGACAGCUGACAUUCAGAGGGUAUCUAGCAAAAUGAUGGCCGCUCCAAGUCUCCCAGUGGAAAUCGAUGAGUGCUGGUCUAGAGACAGAUCACAGUGCUAUUCAAGUGAGACAUGGAUGUGGAACCAGUAUCAGAGUGACAACCGCUACCAGGGUUCAACAUUUAGCAGGAGGAGCUCACAAAGACGACGGGGUGCCUAUUUCAUCAGCUGCUCAACUUUACAAAGCUUGCUCUCGCAGAGGCUGCAUUCAAUACAGUGCCUAGAAAAUGAGUUGCUUGAUUACGAACCUCAGCUUUACGCCCUUGAGGACAACCCUGAUAAUUUUGUAGACCUGGAUCCCAUAGACCUGCCUAUGAAUGAGUUUGACCCUGAGAAGCUCUCUGAUCUUGGACCAGCAUUUAAGAAUCUGGCUUAUAUCUGUAGCCCAGAGAAAGUGUUCAAAUCAGAAAUGAUGGAGAAUAGGACCAGAUAGUCAGGAGUCAGGAGGAAGAAGAUGUUUCACCGAUGUUUUGAACAGAAGGCUAAUUGUUGAAAAAAAAA